AUGCCCCUGGAGAUGCCUGACAAAGACAACACCUUCGUCCUGAAGGUAAGGGUAAGAAACCACAACACUACCCUGUCUUCUACCUGUUUUACCUCUCACAACACUACCUUAUGGACACUACCUGACCUGACCUGACAAACCAAACUAACUGCCUACUUGACUUUCUUGCCGUGUGUUCAGAACUCUCUCUGUCUCUCCUCUGGACUCACACUGUAACUGUUCUGUUCUGUGGUUUGGUGUGUUCUCUCCACAGGUGGAAAAUGGAGGUGAAUAUAUCCUGGAGACCAUCGACUCGCUACAAAAAAACUCCUGGGUCGCUGACAUCCAGGACUGCAUGGAACCUGGGUAAAUGGAGGGAUAAAUAUUUACUGUUCACUAAGGAGGAGGGAGGGAACAGCACAGUCAUUAAUCACCCUGUAAGAGUUUUUGACAGAUCCCUCUCUCACACUAUUUCACGCUCUGAGUUUUUCUGGUACAGUGAGUUUGUCUGUUCAGUCCAUGCAUGUAUUUAGAUGGUCAUAAACAGAGAUACAUUUUGUGUGUGUGUGUGUGUGUGCUGUGUCUGAUCUGUGUGUGUGUGUGUGUGUGUGUGUGUGUGACCCAGGGACAGUGGAGAUGACAUUGAGCUGGCGUCAUGUCCCCACGGCCAGGCGUCUAAAGAGUUCUCCAUGGUGGCCUCCUGCAGCUGUGAGCUUCUGUCAGAGGGUGAGACAAAACACACACACACACACAUAACCUAACCUCACACACACACAUAACCUAACCUAACCUCACACACACACAUAACCUAACCUCACACAUUGCCUUUUGAGGGAAAUGGAUGUGCUGUCAAUCUGGCUGCUGUAUAAGGUUGUAUCUUCUAAUGUUGUGUUUGUGUUCAGGUGUCCAUCGCGCCCCUGAGAGAUCCUGUGGCUCAGCAUUAGCAGAACUGUAUAGCGCCCCCUCUGUCCGCUGCAGAGAACUACCCUUCACCCAGCACCCAUCCCAUGUCCCCCUGGAGCGCUUCCUCCAGUCCCCAGAGGCCCAGGGGAAAAGCCCCACCACAGGUAAGGGAAACAGUAGCUCAGCUGGAAGAGAAUGGUGCUUGCAACGCCAGGAUAGUGGGUUUGAUUCCCGGGACCACCACUACAUAAAAACUGUAUGCACGCACGACUGUCGCUUUGGAUAAAAAUCAGGGGUGAAGGUAAGGCAGCACCACAGACAGAAGGGGAAACCCAGGGGCUAUAAAGCUGAAGCAUCCAUUUAGAAUGUUUCCUCACUACCAAAUAUGGUAGUGAGAGGAAGUCCAGUCGUGGGUAGUGGGAGAGGAUGGAACUAGGUGAAACUGGGCCGACAUUCUGCACAUUUUCUCAUCGAUGAAACAUCUGAUCUCAAUAAAUGUUUCUGUUCCCCCAAACUAUAAAAUGUUUACGAACACAGUGCACUAUAGACUUGACGCUUUGCCAAAGUAAAAAAAAAAUAAUUUGUUUGUUUAGAAGGAGUGCAAGGUCGAAUUGAGUUUGCGCACACUUCACAGAGGAGGUGUUCCCUAACGGAAAUAUGCAAAUACAUGCUAGAACAUCUUUGCCCACCUGCUUGACACAGAUGAACUAUCUUGGGUUAGUUAUAUAUCUUUGGUGGUCCGGUCCGGCAACCUGGCAAAAUAAAUAGUGGUGGUACUCCGUACCGGUAAAACAUGAGCCUAUCACAAUAAUUAAAACAAAAUGUCAAGAAAAUUGUCGGCUAUUACACCAUUUUUUAUCAUUACAGCAUGUCAGAGGCAUGACAAAUGAGCGAAUGGACUUGAAAAUGGUUGGUAUAGUCUGCGCUCCAAAAUGCAAUGUGGUUAAACGAGAACACUGAAAGUUUGCCAAGGCAGAGAUGAGUGGCUGACACCGAGACGCGUGCGGACAGCAGUGGACGCAUAAAUUCUGGCCUAAUGACAUUCGCCAAAUGUCAUUACACUUUUUGUUGUUUUGUGUAACAGAUGUCUCGUUCCAUUCACCACUGUUUGGAGGGUGGAAAUAUGUUGCGAGUGGAUGAACGUGUGGGAGUAGCCUAGUAAAGGAUCCCUUUGAAGGGAUUGUUUGACAAUCAGAUGGGCUCCCGAGUGGCGCAGUGGUCUAAGGCACUGGUUCGAUUCCAGGCUGUAUCACAACCGGCCGUGAUUGAGAGUCCCAGAGGGCGGCGCACAAUUGGCCCAGCGUUGUCCGGGUUUGGCCGGUGUAGGCCGUCAUUGUAAAUAAGAAUUUGUUUUUAACUGACUUGCCUAGUUAAAUAAAAUUUAAAUUAAAUUAAAAAGCAUCAUGACUGGUUGUGUUUAUGCCACAAUAAAAGGUUUUAAAAGUUAAAUUACAAAUCUUUACGACUAGGCCCACAGAGAUCCUAUUAAUAGGGAUUCUAUAUGUAAUUCUAUGAUUAGGUCCAUAACAUUUUUGGGUGCAAGUGCGUGCACAUAUAGGAGGUCCCGUACUGGGAAGAAAUUAAUUCUACUUUCACGCCUGGUUAAGUGUCUGCUAAAUGGCAAAUAUUCCAUUACAGACUGACCAGGUGAAUCCAGGUGAAAGCUAUGAUCCCUUAUUGAUGUCACUUGUUAAAUCCACUUCAAUCAGUGUAGAUGAAGGAGAGGAGACAGGUUAAAGAACGACUUUUAAGCCUUGAGACAUGGAUUGUGUAUGUGUGCCAUUCAGAGGGUGAAUGGGAAAGACAAAAUAUGUAAGUGCCUUUGAACGGGGUAUGGUAGUAGGUGCCAGACACACCGGUUUGAGUGUGUUAAGAACUGCAACGCUGCUGGGUUUUCCGUGCGUAUCAAGAAUGGUCCCCACCCAAAGGACAUCCAGCCAACUUGACAAAUGUGGGAAGCAUUGGGCCAGCAUCCCUGUGGAACGCUUUCGACACCUUGUAGAGUCCAUGCAAUAAAGAAUUGAGGCUGUUCUAAGGUGCAACUCAAUAUUAGGAAGGUGUUCUUAAAUGUUUUGUCCACUCAGUGUAUAUUAACACACAUGUACAUAGUUUGAAAAGGUCAGUGUCGGCUACAGAAGGUGUGGUCUACCUUUUAUCAUGUGAUCUUUCAUCUUUGUCUCCUCCCUUCAGGGGUUCUAGGUGAGGGGGCGACCGAGGCAGAGGCGGACCCCAGCCUGGCAGACUACCCAUGGUUCCACGGGACGUUGUCGCGUGUGCGGGCUGCCCAACUGGUGCUGGCGGGCGGAGCUAGGAGCCACGGGCUGUUUGUGAUUCGCCAAAGCGAGACGCGGCCGGGAGAGUACGUCCUCACCUUUAACUUCCAGGGCAAAGCUAAGGUGAGCCAAUCACAUACAGGGCAACGCCAAGGUCAGCCAAUCACAUACAGGGCAACGCCAAGGUCAGCCAAUCACAUACAGGGGAACGCCAAGGUCAGCCAAUCACAGGCGGUCUACCACUUCCUCCUCCCCUUCACAUGCACUGAUCUUAAAACAUAAGAUGCCAACGGAAGGAUUUGCUUUCAGGAAACAGGACAGGUUGCCAGACUAUUUAGAAUGUCUCUGUUUAGCCCAGACCAAAGUAUUGGUAUGGGUAUUAUAGGCAUGCACAGUGUAUUGUAGGGUAGGCCAAAUCCCAAAUCAACCCCUAAGCCCUACGCCCUACGCACUUGUGGAGAUCUGAGAGCAUUUGAUUGGUAUAAGCAAUAUGGUGUAACUUUAACCUAGCCUAUCACAGGGCAAGGUGGAGCUAUUACCAUAUUGCUUACACCUGUCAAAUCCAGUCAGAUCUCUACGUAGGGCAUAGGAGUCGAUUUGGGAUUGGGCUGUAUCCUCUAGUAGAGACAGGUCUGUUCCCAUGCCCUCUGGGGCUGCGGGCAGCAGGCCUGUUCCCAUGCCCUCUGGGGCAGCAGGCCUGUUCCCAUGCCCUCUGGGGCUGCAGGCAGCAGGCCUGUUCCCAUGCCCUCUGGGGCUGCGGGCAGCAGGCCUGUUCCCAUGCCCUCUGGGGCUGCAGGCAGCAGGUCUGUUCCCAUGCCCUCUGGGGCUGUGGGCAGCAGGUCUGUUCCCAUGCCCUCUGGGGCAGCAGGCCUGUUCCCAUGCCCUCUGGGGCUGCAGGAAGCAGGCCUGUUCCCAUGCCCUCUGGGGCUGCGGGCAGCAGGUCUGUUCCCAUGCCCUCUCCUGCCUCCUCCUCUCCUCCAGUGUCAGUCUUGGCAUUCUGUGGCUCUCCUCCAACAGCUCAGCAUUAUGUCCUGCUUUCCCCCCCUCUACUCCUCUCUCUCUAUUCUUCCCCCCUCUCUAAACUCCUCCUCAUCUCCUCUAUUCGUUCUCCCUCUCUCUAGUCUCCCCUCUACUGCCUCUCAUCUCGCUAGUCUUCCCCCGUCGACCCGCUCCAUGGCUCUGAGUCUCCCCUCGAUACCCUCUCCAUCGCUCGAUUCUUCCCCCGCUACUCCUCUCCAUGCUCUCUCUAUCUUCCCCCUCUACUCCUCUCUCAUCUCUCUAUUCUUCCCCUCUACUCCUCUCCAUCUCUCUAUUCUUCCCCCUCUACUCCUCUCUCAUCUCUCUAUUCUUCCCCCUCUACUCCUCUCAUCUCUCUCUAUUCUUCCCCCUCUACUCCUCUCUCCUCUAUUCCCCCUCCCCCUCUCACCUCUCCCUUACAAUUAAUGGACAAGACUGUUAUAAAUGAAACUUUAUAUUACUCACAAUUCCCUUCCUCUCCCUCUCUCUUCCCCCCAGCACCUGCGUCUGUCAGUGAAUGGUAACGGCCAGUGUCACGUUCAUCAUCUGUGGUUCCACACCGUGUCAGACAUGCUCAGGCACUUCCAUGCUCACCCCAUCCCUCUGGAGUCAGGGGGUUCUGCUGACAUCACACUGCGUUCCUACGUACAAGUACAGGGUACCCCCACAGGUACGCCCAACACACACCCACACAUACACCCCACAGGUACGCCCAACACACACACACACACCCACAGGUACGCCCAACACACACACACACACAGGUAUACACACACAUACACCCCACAGGUACGCCCAACACACACACACACACACACACACACACCCACAGGUAUACACACACAUACACCCCACAGGUACGCCCAACACACACACACACACACAGGUAUACACACACAUACACCCCACAGGUACGCCCAACACACACACACACACACACACCCACAGGUAUACACACACAUACACCCCACAGGUACGCCCAACACACACCCACACACACACACACACACACAUACACCCCACAGGUACGCCCAACACACACACACACACACACACCCACAGGUACGCCCAACACACACACACACACACACACCCACAGGUACGCCCAACACACACCCACACAGGUAUACACACACAUACACCCCACAGGUACGCCCAACACACACACACACACAUACACACACAUACACCCCACAGGUACGCCCAAACACACACACACACACACACACACACACACACACACACACACACACACACACCCCCACAGGUAUACACACACAUACACCCCACAGGUACGCCCAACACACACACACACACAUACACCCCACAGGUACGCCCAAUACACACACACACACCUGAACAUGAACAACAUAGGUUUAUAUACACACUCUAAAGCUCACACUCCCUUAACUAGUCCAAUGUUGAGAAUGUCCUUCUAGAAACAGUUAGUCAUUUGUGAUCAGUUCUGACCACCCCUGGGUAACUCUAUCUGACCCUUGUUACUGAACAGGACAGUCUGACGUCUGGCUGUCUCCCGAGUGGCGCAGUGGUCUAAGGCACUGCAUCGCAGUGCUAGCUGUGCCACUAGAGAUCCUGGUUUGAAUCCAGGCUCUGCUGUAGCCGGCCGCAACCGGGAGACCAAUGGGGCGGCGCACAAUUGGCCCAGCGUCGUCCAGGGUAGGGGAGGGAAUGGCUGGCAGGGAGGUAGCUCAGUUGGUAGAGCAUGGCGUUUGCAACGCCAGGGUUGUGGGUUCGAUUCCCAUGGGGUAUGAAAAUUACAAAUAAUAAUGUAUGCACUAACUGUAAGUCGCUCUGGAUAAGAGCGUCUGCUAAAUGACGUAAAUGUAUGUAAUGUAAAUGGCUGUAAACAACAACAUCGCUGGGUGCUGUAAGUCCUGUGAAUCGCUUGAAAAAACAGCAACCUUUCAGUGGGAUGACCUCACAGACAGAUUGAUGUUUUCCUCAGUCUUAAAGGUUUUAACUAGAGGUUUUAACCAGUGAACCUGCCCCCCCCCAACCCCCACCGCACCCCACCUCACCCUCUUGCCUGGCAGGGGAUGAAUGCCCUCCUGUGCAGGGGAGAGACAGGAGAGCGAUGGAGUGAUUAUACAACAGGGGUUUUGCAUGCAGGCCCAGCCGCAGGCCUGAACACUCAUAAAGAGACCCUCUGUUUCCCCCGGGCCCUGGGCCUAAACACAUACACACACACACACACACACACAGUGAGUGGGUUGUUGGUCCAGCGUGUAAAAAGCUUUAUUGAUACACGCUGCUCAGCCGUGUUUUUAUCAGUGUCACUACUGCUGCUGUUGUUGUUGUCCCACCAAGAGAGGUGAUGGUACAGGAGGUCAACACUAACUUGUGUUUAUGUUUGGUAUUUUAAUGAAAGAUAUUUUCAUAAAAUAAAACUGUAUCAGGCCUCUUAACACUGCUCUUUUCUUACAGACAGAUAUCCCGUCUCUCUCUAUUGCUCUCACACAGAUGUGACCGUGCCUCAGCUCCCCACCCCACCAAGGGACCAAGGCUGCUGGACUGAACCAGCCCAGCCGACCCUUCACCUCCCUGGGGUCUCACAGCCGGUGGCGCCCCCCUCCGACACCCCGCUCUCCUCCAGCUCCUCAUCCUCACCCACCGCCCUUCCUUCCCUCUCCCGUGGUGAGCCAGGCAGCGGAGGGGGAGGAGGGGGGCUGGUUAGCAGGAGCAACAGCUCCGAACGUCUGUUAGAUCCCUCUAGUGGUGCCUCAGAGGACUACCAAGACACAGACGGAACACGCAGGGCCAGAGCUGUGGAGAACCAGUACUCCUUCUACUGAGACUGGGCCCAACCAAACCGGGAGCUCUCAUUGGCUGAGACACAGGAAGUGCAGGGAUUUGGACUCAAUAGGUGAAAGGUCGUGGAUGGACAUGGAUCACUCAUUAUCUUGUUUAUUUGCUUGUUUGUUUUCCAAGAGAUGUCCUGUUUCUCCAAUGUUACAAGGAAGCAUAUUAGACUGUAUGUCAGUCUGGGUCCAGUUAGCCCCUGGCUCUUUGGCCACCCUCAUCAUCAGCUGACAUUAAGGAUUUGAAGAAACAGAUGAUUUAGUCGAGUGUGAGGAGAGAGAUGAGAGAAAGAGGGAGGGAGGGAUGGAUGGAGACAGGGAGAAAGAGGGAGAGCGAGAGAGGGGGAUGGAUGGAGAAGGAGGGAGAGAGGAAGUGGCCCAGUGGAGGUUUUGAUUCACUUCACCAGACCACUUCCUGUCUGCCCUACCCACAAUUCCCUAGGAACAAAGCCUCUGUCACCGCCCUGCUAAGUUAUCAAGAGCUGAAGCGACCCUAAAUAAAUGGUUUUCCUCCCCAGGCCCUCCUGAGCAUAGCCCUAAUGUUUGUGAAGCUGCUUCUAGUCUGUCCCGGAUAUCCUCACUGUCCUCAAGGGGAGUUACAAGUACAACGUACUUUCCUCUCCUAAAGCUUUGCAAAAAUGAAUGGUAACAUCAGUAUAGUAAUGGGUGUGUUAGUGUUAUUUGAGAUGGAUAUUUUCUUAGUGUACAGCCAAAAGGUCCUAGUGCCUGUCAGUUUCACAGCACUUUGACCAUAUGAUAUGAUGUGACUGAUGGGCCGUCUCAUUGGCAGUGGCAGAGAUGACCUCAGGUCAGAGGUCAGAGUGAUAAAACAUGCAGGGUUGGGGUCGUUUC